GCAUAGUUUCCAAUAAGGCUUCACCAGACGGCAGCAUAGACCCUACCCUACAAAAUCGAGGACAUGAACCUACCCAAGCCAACAAAUCCACAGUACAAAAACUUAGCCAACACAACUGGGUAACAUCAUUUCCACCUGCGCUCGGUCCCACCGCCAUCGGAGAUCGGCCAUGGCCGCUUCCUCCGCCGGCACCCCACCGCCGGAUGACAUUUCAUCCUCUCGCCCUACACCAUUCGUUUUCUCUUCCGAUUCCCCAACGAGAAUCUCUCUCACUCCCGAUCAGCGUAAGUACUGCUCUGAGGCUCUCCAAUUGUUCAGAGAGAAGCUCCGUACUCCCGAGCAAAUCAUUCAAGAGUUCGCUCAUUUGCAGGCUAUUAGGAUAACGCCAUCUCAGAUGGCUAGAAACUGCAAAGUGGCUUUUGACAGUGUCAACAAGAGCAAAAACCGUUAUACGGAUGUGGUACCUUUUGACCAAAACAGGGUUAUUCUUAAUCCAUGCAAGGAUUAUAGACCAUCUGCUAAGGGAUAUAUAAAUGCGAGCUUCAUCACGACUUCUUCAUCUGAAAGCAUUUCUCGGUUUAUAGCCACGCAGGGUCCAGUGCCACACACCUUUGAGGAUUUUUGGGAGAUGGUAAUCCAGUAUCGUUGCCCGGUAAUUGUGAUGCUUACUCGGCUAGUUGACAAUUACAAGAUUGUAAAAUGUGGAGAUUAUUUUCAAGCAGAAGAUGGUCCUAGAGAUUUUGGAAAUAUGUGUCUAGUUACUAAAUGGAUGAGAAGUACUGACACUUCAUUAGUGUUGCGCCACUUGGAGGUGGGAUAUAAAGAGUCAGAGGAGCCACCCAUGUCUGUUUUGCAUGUUCAGUACACUGAAUGGCCUGAUCAUGGAGUUCCCAAGGACACACUUACCGUUCGCGAAAUCUUAAAAAGAACAUACCAAGUGCCAUCGAAUCUGGGCCCAGUAGUUGUCCACUGCAGUGCAGGUAUUGGUAGAACUGGAACCUACUGCACUAUUCACAACACAAUUCAGAGAAUCCUUGUUGGAGACAUGUCUGCUUUAGAUCUUGCUAAUACCAUAACCAUUUUUAGGUCCCAGCGAGUGGGGAUGGUUCAAACCAUGGAGCAAUAUUUUUUCUGCUAUAAAGCUAUCAUUGAUGAAUUAGAGGACCUCAUCUCAGAGUGAAAACAGUUGAAGGACCUCAAAAUGCAGCUAGAUCAGUGACUGGCGUGUUUGGUUGAAAAUACUGGGAUUAAAUGCAACAGCUGCUCCCACUUGCUUACUUCUCAGAAGCAGGACCGGACAAAUGCAAAUUGAUGAUGUUUCAAUGUGUUCGUUGCACUCUGCAGCAGCUGCAUGCUUUGGUUAAAUGACCAAUUCUGUACUAGUGAAUCCACUUCUGGGAAGCUGUGUAGUUUAAAUGGCAACUUUUUCAUUUUUCAGUACUUAAAAGCAAAUUUUCUCUAAAUGACCAGAAUUUUAGUCACUGCAGGAUUACUUACUCAUUUUACCAGUUUGGAGCUAAAUCGAGCAACCUUGGGAUGCUCAAGGUUGAUUUUCGCAUCAGAUGAAACUUUUGAAUUGCCAAGUUCACAUUUGUAUUAUUUGUGAGAUCGUUCUUGUUUGAAACAGCAAGGGUCAACAAGACUGCCAGAGAUUUGGUCUAAUAUGUAUUUUUCUAAUUGCAAUUCUAAUAUUAGUCAUUUUACCUGGUCA